AUGGCCCCGGGUCCGCCCAAAGCGCUGAAGUCGCUGAAUGCAGCCAUCGAUUUGGUUUGGAAGGAUCCUGCCCGCAAGGAUUACGCGCUGAAGGCUGUAGCAGUGCACGGCCGAGCCUUGCAGUUCUUGUCCUUGGACUUGAGGGCAGACAAAGAGGUCGUCUUGAAAGCUCUGAAGAACGACGGCUGGGCCCUUCAGUGGGCCUCCGAGGAGCUUCGGAAAGACAAAGAUGUGAUCUUCAAGGCCAUGAAGAGGGAGGUGCGCUCCCUUCAAUUUGUGCCGGAGGAGCUACUCGCAGACCGGGACUUCUGCCUCGAGGCUAUCUCAAAGAAUGGGCUGGCUUACGAGUUCGUGGACCCGGAGAUCAAAGCUGACCGGGAUGUCGCCCGUGCUGCUGUCAGCCAGGAUGGGCUGGCCCUGGAGUUUGUUUCCGAUGAGUUUCAGUCGGAUCAUGACUUGGUUCUCAGUGCCGUGCAGAACUGUGGCAUGGCACUUCGAUUUGCUGCACCGGACCUUCGGGGGAACAAGGGCUUGGUCCUGGCUGCGGCGAAGCAAGACAGCUCGGCGAUAAAGUUCGCCUCGCAGGAAAUGCAGCAGGAGCGCGACGUGUGGUUGCAGGCCUGCCCAAGCCGACAAGCUCACUGGCUGAGCCGAGAGGAGGUCUUGCAGGAAGUGGACAAAGAGGGCUCCUUGGUCCAGCUCGCCAACCAGCGCUUGGUCAGCGAGCCGGAGGUGAUGUUCAAGGCGGCUGCCCAGAACCACUCUGCAGCGGAGCAUGGCACCGAACUCCUCGCAAAUGCGGAAUUCCUGCUGCGUCUUGUGAAGCAGGAUGCGCGCGUCCUCAUGCAUGCUGCGGAUGAGAUUCGAGCUGACCGCGAGGUAGCUCUUCAGGCCGCGGAAAUCGAUGGCAACGUGCUCGAGUUCUUUACGCAGGAGCUUUGUGAGGACAAGGAGGUGGUCCUCGCAGCAGUGCGGCGAACGGGCACGGCCCUGGCGUUUGCUUCCCCGGAGCUGCGCGCUGACCGCGAGGUAGUGCUGGCUGCCAUGGGCCAGAGCCGGACGGCCCUCCUGUUUGCUGCGGAGGAGCUGCGCAAAGACAAGGCCAUGUGGCUUUACAAUGGAGAGGAGCCCCCGGUCUUCGACCCGCCGCCAGAGGAUGUUGAGGAAGACCAGGCUGUCGGUGCAGAGCCUGCAGACUCCGCAGAGCCAGCAGGCUCUGCAGAACCUGCGGCAUCUGCGGAUGCUGCCGAAGGCCCUGAUGCGAAGCUUGCGGUGUCUCCGGAAGUUCCAGCUUCCUGA